GCGAGCCGGAACGCGUUGCCUUUUCCUAAAAUUUUACAAUUCUACAAAGAUUUCUGUUCAACGUUAACAAUUACCUAAUCGAGUGCCUGUUAAAACGUAAUUUAAUAUUUAAAGUUUAAACAGUGAUUCGCUACCGAACGACAAAACAGCUGUAAUUGUGAAUUCGGUUCGUAUUUGAAAGGUUGCUCGUUUUCGCGUGGCUCAUUUCAGUUGGCAGCACUUGGUCAGUUCGAUUGUUGCCGGCACAACGGUUUCUUUGAACGUUUAUCGAACAAUGUAGACUUUAUUGAAAGAUUUAUUUAUCGUGUAUCGUGCAAAAUAGGUAUUUGACACCCGGUUUUCCAAGCAAAUAUGCAGUGAGAUAAUUCCAUCAUAAAUUUCUAGUGAAAUUCCUAGUCAUUGUCGAUAUUGUUUCUAGUCAUGUGUAUGUGUUCUUUUUUCUUUUUUUUUCUUUUUUGAUCAUUUCGAUCUACAUCAAUAUAUACGGUUAAUCUACAUGUAUGGAUAAAGACUCACGAUUAUUCAAAAUGCGAAGAAUGUUAUUGGACUCUCGCCGUUCUCAUAAUCAAGACAGCGAAAACAUCGAUACGACGCCAUUACGCAGAAGCUCCGUCAAUUUCCCGCGUGUACGUUUGCUAGAGAAGGAUUUCAAAUCGGAAGAUGGUCCGAAACCAAUUGUCACCAAUUCUCAACCAAUCGCUGCGGAACUUACCACAAAAGUGAUAAAAACGUAUCCAUUUAAGAUCCUAAACCAGAAUUACACGGUGGACAGAUUCAUAAAUUUCAACUACAACAAGGAAGCUGCGAAUUACCUUUUAACGAAACAGUCGAAGGAUAAGUUGAACGAAAAUGAAAUCGACGUGUUGAAGCAGGUGAAGUCUCUGUCGACCGAAUGGCGAAAGAAGCUUAUGCACCAAUUAAUGGUGGACCGUGACAUAAUACCGGGGCUGAGACAGAAACAAGUGCUGCGCGGUAACCGCUUGCCCCGGGAAAACAAGAUACCUGGAAGUUUAGCUGGCCUGCCUAGAGACCUGUGGGACGACCUGGAAGAUGGAAUGUGGAAAUCGAAGCCACGAAAGCGGCCUUUAAUAGGCACGAUGAACUGUAUGUUAGAUAUGCCUGGAUACGACGCGCUGCCAUAUUCCUAUUCCUACAAAGAACUCACCGACUGGGGCUCGAAAAAUUUCAUCGCUACAGCAGUUAAGAACUGCGUGGCAUUCUACGACACCAACAAAUCUGACGUUUAUCAAUCUCCGAAUAACGUGGAUGUAUCGGAUGUUUGCGCGAUAAAAUGGAACAACGCAGGCAACAAACUGGUGAUAUGCACCUUGAUGUUAAAAGUGCAACUUUACUGCAUAGACACGCAAAAGAUGAUUUGGACGGUUACAGGCAGCAACAUUGUGCGUUGCAUUUGUUGGUCUGAGAACGACCAGCAUAUCGUCGUCGGCACCAAGGGGGAAAUCCUAGUUUAUUCGGCGAGGGAUGGCAAAGUUGUUCAUUUAUUUCAAAUACAGUCAGCGACUGUUGUGGCGCUUGCAUUCUCGUCGAAUUAUCGAUAUCUCGCUUCUUCUGCGUUGGACAAAAACAUACGAAUUUUCAACUGGACAAAUUUCUCACCGCAUCUGGACAUUAUUUAUUACGAAUCCGUGACGUCGUUGGCUUGGCAACCAUACGAGAACGGUGUGCUGUGCAUCGGCGGUGGUGUUGGUGACGCUUCGCUGUCUCUUUGGAACAUGAACAAAUUAAAUCCGCCAACUUAUCGCGACGUGAAGUUUAAUGGCGCUGUGGAGAAUAUGUUGUGGAACAAGCACAGCGGAGAAUUAGUCGUUCAUUGGUCGUACUUGAAAGGAAGGAAGCAACGCACCGUGAUGCCGGUUUUCGCGAGUCUUGAUCGCAUAGUGGACGUGUUACCCGUGGACAAGGAAAUGCAAGUGAACGCUGUUAUGUGGAACUCUGAUCACACGCAAUUAGCCACGACACACCAUCGCAAACGAGGCAAGAAAAAUUCACGAAGGCAAGUCACCCGACAGGGACUCUAAUUCCACGACACACGAGCGCGUGUGGCGUUCUUUAGAGAGCGGCGAAUCGGCGAGCAUCGAGAGCAUCGAGGCCGGGACAUUUCGCCCGGAUCGAAUCGCAUUCCAUCGGCCGUGAUUUUUUCGCCGAACCGGCGGAGAGUUAACGGGCCGGCCGCUGGCAUAAUUAAUUCUUCCGGGCGGCAACAUACAAGAACGAGAGUCCCUUAAGGGCUCCCAGGUGGCCUGGACUGACUCGCGGCUCUUCCGGCGACCUGGCAGCCCGGAGGGAGCCAGCUGGAAAAAAAGUACGCGCCUCUCGCCGCGAGAGAGAGAGAGAGAGAGAGAGAAAGAGAGAGCAGAGGUUGUACUAUCUACGAGGGCCCUCUUUGUGCGACUCGUGCCGCCACACCUGCGCCAAUGUACCGACCAUUGCCACCAUCCACCUCUGGCCACGGGGACAUGCGGAAUAUAGAAUCCCAUAUAGGUACAGAGGAAUGUCCUCCAGGAAGUGGACGGCGAGCGUUCUGGCUGACACCGCGAAAAACCGGAGCGAACGAAGGAACAAACUUCUUUGAAUUGUCCCGUGAUUUUGAUGUUAACGAGCCACGUUCGACGUUCCCGUUGGCGUCAAUCGGCACGUUCCUUCUGCUCGCUCGUGCGCACCAGGGACAAGGGGGAAUGAAUUGAGGGUAGGUUACCGAAGGAGGGAAUUUCUUGGACGUUUCUGAUCAUUUUUGUAGGAUCUGAUAUAUGUUUCGAUACACUGUUAGAUGCACUGAUUCACGAAAGUUAUUCAAACGAGCAAGCUAUAAGCUGAAUAACGGAAUUUUGGAGAAUCUCGUUGCUGAAUCUGAAUCCUAAGCGACAAAGUAUCAGUUCUACGAAUAGUCUUGCAACUAGAAUGACGCAUGAAUCUGAAUCCUAAGCGACCAAGUACCAGUCCUACGAAUAGUCUUGCAACUAGAAUGACGCAUGAAUCUGAAUCCUAAGCGACCAAGUACCAGUCCUACGAAUAGUCUUGCAACUAGAAUGACGCAUGAAUCUGAAUCCUAGGUGGCUAAGUACCAGUCCUACGAAUAGUAUUGCAACUAGAAUGACGCAUGCAAACCCGCAAUGCACGUUGACGAUUGCUCCAAGUUUAAACGAUAUCACACGUCACAGGAAGAUAUA